AUGGCCCCAAAGGCCCCCAAAGCUCCCAAAGCUCAACCCAAAGCUCCUGAUCCUCCAGAAGAAUACCCCACCAUCAGCGCCAAACUCCAAGCCGAAUACCUAGCCUCACGACCAUAUCAAGUGCUCAAAGACACGAAAGGGCUCUCAAACCUAUCCGCAUCUGAAAAGGCGGCCUACGCGAAUUACCGAUUCCUCGAGACGGGCGUCUGGAAGACGUGGGGCGCGGCGCAACAGAAGGAAUUCCUGAAAACCGUCGAGACGCAAAAGAUCCCGACGCCGCUCCCGCUGCCUAGAGAUCUCGGGAGAGAUAACAAGGGCAGGGAGAUUGCGAGUUAUACUCCUGAGGGGUUUGCGCAGUUUCGGAAGAAGGAGCGGCAAUUAAGUGGGUUGAGGAGGGAGAGUGCUAGGUUUAGAGAAAGGAGGGAGAAAGCUCGAAGGAAGCAAAAAGGGCGCGGGAUUGAAGAUAGUGAGGGUGAGAUAGAGGACGAGAGGAAUAGAAGGAAGUUUAUAGGAGUGUUACAGGGCAAGAAAAUGGGUAUUUAUGAGGGUGAUCCGAGGUGGGAUGAUGUAGUGCCCAUUCCCCAGGAUGAUGGGGAGGGGGCUUUGGCUGCUAUUGCGUAUUCAGAUGAAUAUGCCGAGGCUAUGGGCUACCUCCGAGCCGUCAUGGCCGCGAAAGAGCAUUCCCCCCGCGUGCUGGACCUCACCGAGCACAUCAUAUCCAUGAACGCCGCCCACUACACCGUAUGGCUAUACCGAGCCUCAACACUCUUCGCGCUGGAAUAUCCCAUCGACAAAGAACUAUCAUGGGUCAACGAGGUAGCUCUAGAGAACCAGAAGAACUACCAAAUCUGGCACCACCGCCAACUCCUAAUCGACACGCUAUACCCGACCAUAUCCUCCGACCCCACCGCCAUCCACGCCCUCGAGACCUCCGAACGCGACUUCAUGACGCAGAUGUUCGAUCAGGACGCCAAAAACUACCACGUCUGGAGUUACCGGCAAUACCUAGUCCGCAAACUCAACCUCUUCAAUACCACCGAGCUCCAAUCCAUCGAAGUGCUCCUCCGCAGCGACGUCCGGAACAAUAGCGCGUGGUCCCACCGUUUCUUCGUCGUCUUCUCAGACCCAGCGUACUGCACACCAGGCAGCGCUGCUACGGCGCACGAUCCACGAAUCCCAGCGGAUAUUGCGGAUCGUGAGAUUGGGUUCGCGAAGGCAGCAACGUUCGAGGCGCCGCAGAAUCAGAGUCCGUGGAAUUAUAUCCGGGGCGUUUUAAGGAAGGCGGGGAGGGAGUUGGCCAGUUUGGAGGCCUUUGCAGAGGAGUUUGUUAAGCUUCCUAGUGAAAGUGGAGAGGGCGAGGAUGUUCGGAGUAGCCAUGCGCUGGAUUUCUUGGCUGAUGUUUGGGCUGAGAAGGACGAGACGGCCAAGGCGGAUACGGCGUUGAGGUUGUUGGGUGAUAAGUAUGAUCGUAUUAGGAGGAAUUAUUGGGAGUGGAGAAGGGGGUUGUUGGAUGCUGGUGUUGAGGGGAAGAUGAAGGGGUUGAGUGUUGAGGACGUUUCGUAA